AUGCCUCCCUCAGGAAAUGCCUCCCUCAGGUGCCUCCUCCAACAAAAUAUUAUCCGCCCUCAGUUAUUGCCGCCUGUCUGUCUUUGCCCUUUCCUCCAGUUUCCCCCCCCCCACACGCCCUUCCAUGCCAUUGCCAACUCCCCUCUGCACCCCUCCCAUCCCCUUCCCUCUCUGCCCCUCCCAUCCCCUUCCCUCUCUGCCCCUCCCAUCCCCUUCCCUCUCUGCCCCUCCCAUCCCCUUCCCUCUCUGCCCCUCCCAUCCCCUUCCCUCUCUGCCCCUCCCAUCCCCUUCCCUCUCUGCCCCUCCCAUCCCCUUCCCUCUCUGCCCCUCCCAUCCCCUUCCCCCUACCCCUCCCAUACUCCUCCCGCUAUGCUUCUGUGUGACCACCCUAUUCCCUUUCGCGUGCUCCCCACUCCCCUCUGCGCCCUCCCCAACCUCCCUCCCCCACCCUCCCACAUGUUGCUCCUUUUACUCAAGCAGUCCAACAUCCAUCCCACCCUCCCACCCUCCCACCAUCGCACCCUCCCAUCGUCACAUCAUCCCACCAUCCCGCCAUCGGCUCCCAUCCAUUCCCACCGCAUCCCAUUCCACCAGGUGCAGGGCGGCAAGGCUCUAGUGCUGGAUGCGUCUAUCAGCGGCCCGCUCGCCUUCAUCGCUCCCAUCUCUCUCCUCAAGGAACACGGAGUGGAAAAUCUGUUCCACAUCAGCGCCGACCCCAUCCAAUCACAGUGCUCCACCGUCCUCUACCUCCUGCGCCCCAAUCCGCUUCUCAUUCGCUGGAUCACACGCCAGGUGCGAGCAGACGAGGACGAGGGCGUCACUCGCAGCUACUCACUCCACUUCAUUCCCAGAUGCGACGCCAUCUGCACCAGGGUUCUGGAGCAGGAGGGACUGGUGGGCGACCCGCGGGUGGCAGUGGGCGAGUAUCCCCUCGAGAUGAUCCCCGUGGACCAUGACCUCCUCGCACUGGACCUCCAUACCCUCUAUAAGGAUGUACACGUGGACUCAGACCCCACCUCCACUUUGCAAGUGGCGCGAGUGCUGGCUAAUUUCCAGUCCGUGUUUGGAGUGCCUCCAGUGCUGAAGGGCAAGGGAGUGGCAGCGCAGCGAGUGGCACAGGCCAUGAGUCAACUCAUGAAGGAACAGAAGUCGCACGUGGCGCCGGUGGAGCAUCCAAGCGUGGACAUGAUGGUGCUGAUAGACAGACAGGUGGACAUGGUGACGCCAGCAUGCACUCAGCUCACAUACGAAGGGCUGCUUGAUGAGCUACUGCACGUAGCAAACGGGGCAGUGGAGGUGGAUCCUGCAGUCAUGGGGGUGACAUCCAAUGCCAGGAAGAUCAAAGUGCCUCUCAACUCCAAUGACAAGCUGUUUCAGGACCUUAGAGGCCGCAACUUUGGAUCAGCAGCGGAGCUGCUGCGAGCCAAGGCAGUGGAGAUGAAGUCAGAGUAUGCCAACCUCAGGCAACGGCCGCAAAGAGACGCAUCGCCACUGCGCUCCGCUGCGCCGGGUGGCCAGGGAGCUGCCUCUGCUGCUGCUGCUGCUGCUGGUGGUGGAGAGCAGACGGUAUCAGAGCUGAAGGACUUUGUCAAGAAGCUCAACGUUCUGCCAGAGCUUACGCGCCACACCAACCUAGCGGGGCACAUCUCACAAGUCACCAACCGGCCGGCCUUUGGCGCUCUCAUCUCCACGGAGCAAGCCAUCCUGGAAGCACGCUCCAUAGACUCGGCGUGUGAGUACAUAGAGGACGCCAUGGCACAGGGGCAUCCCAUGAGCACGGUGUUACGCCUCCUCUCCCUUGUCUCCCUCACCAAUGGCGGUAUUCCCAAGGCACGCUUCGACCAUCUCAGGCGCGAGUUCCUGCAGGCCUACGGCUUCCUUCACGUCUUUUCUCUUGACAAUUUCGAGCGCGCAGGCUUGAUCAAACGCCAGGAGGGCCGCAGCACAUGGGUUGCAGUGAAGCGGAGCCUGAGGCUCAUAGUGGAUGACGAUGAUGAUGCCAAUCCCAGGGACAUUGCGUUCACGUUUUCUGGCUAUGCCCCUCUAAGUGUGCGCCUCCUGCAACAGGCCAUCCAACCUGGAGGCUG